AUGUCGCUUCAGAAAGAGGAGGUAGCUUCAGAAAAAAUACAGCAAGCUGCCGACGAAAAGCAUUUGGAUGAUGUCCACGACGUAUACACAGACGAGGAAAAGUCAAUUGAACUUUCACCCGAAUUAAAAGCAGCUGAAAGAUCGUUGAUUCGCAAAUUGGAUUAUAUGUACGUUAUGCCAUGUAUUGCAAUCCUAAAUUUCCUUCAGUUUUUCGACAAAUCCGCCCUCAAUUAUUCAGCUGUGCUCAAUAUUAAAGAAGAUACCCAUAUUACAGAUAGCCAAUUCAGUUGGCUUGGUUCAAUUUUCUAUCUAGGUUAUCUAUUUUAUCAAGUUCCCAAUUCCUACUUCAUCCAAAGAUUGCCUAUCGGCAAGUAUAUGGGUGCUCUUAUUGUUAUCUGGGGCGUAGUUCUUACUGUUACUUGCCUAGCCAAAGAUUUCUCUCAGCUAGCUGCCCUUCGCUUCUUACUCGGUUUCUUUGAAGCUGCUAUCUAUCCUUGCUGUAUUAUGAUAAUCAGUUCCUUAUAUCGUCGUAACGAACAAGCUGGUAGAAUUGGUAUGGUUUAUAUCUGUAAUGGUAUCGCUAUGGCAGUUGGCGGACUUGUUGGUUAUGGCAUUGGUCAUAUGAUGGGUGUAAGAGGAAUGAACGGGUGGCAAUGGAUUAUGAUCAUUCUCGGAAGCGUUACCAUUGCUUUUGGUAUUUUCUGUUUCUUUUUAUUGGUCGACAAUCCUAAAUCCAAAUUUUUAUCCCUAACUGAAGACCAAAAGAAAAUUGUUCAGAUCCGUACUCAAGAUAAUGCGACAAUCAUCACCAAAAAAGUUAAAUUCCAUCAUAUGCUAGAAGCUCUCAAAGAACCCAGAUAUUAUUGCUUUAUUUUCGCUUCUCUGUUGUUCAAUUUGCAAAAUGGUGCCUUGAAUACAUUUAGUUCUAUCAUUACAGUUGGUUUCGGUUUCAAGAACUUGGAUGCUAUUUUACUUACAGUACCAUCCGGUAUUGUUGACUGUAUCUACAUCGUUAUUGCUAUCUGGUUCAAUCACAAAUAUGGACACACAAUUCAUGCUGCAUCUGUCUUUCUCGGUAUUUGCAUCCUUGGUUUAUUAUUGCUCAUUGUCAUUCCUGCUCCCAAAGUGAAGCUUUUAGGGCUGUACAUGUGCUGGUCAUUCUGCGCUGCCUACGUUUUAUUCUUGACUUCCCUUGCAAAUAAUGUGGCUGGCUACACAAAGAAAAUUUUUUAUAGCAGUUCAGUCAUAGUAUUUUACACCAUUGGUAACUUUGCAGGUCCUCAAAUGAUGCUUGCAAAGCAAAAACCCCUGUAUCUUGGUGGAAUGAUUGGUUACAUUGCUGCUGACAUCCUCUGUAUUGUUCUGCUUCAAAUAUCCAGAUACACUAUGGCUAAAUCGAAUAAGCAACGCCUUGCCAAUCCUUCUGAAAAAAAGAUUGACGUUAAUCAAGAUUUGACUGAUAAGGAAAACCCUCAUUUUAUAUACAGAUUAUAA